GGCUGGCGCUAGUCUCCUCACGCUGGGCGGGACAACAACAGCACAGCGGCAAGAGAGGAAGAUGGCGGCAGCGGCAGGAGCUGCAGCCGCCGCCUCGGAGCAGCAAAGUUCUAAUGGCCCCGUGAAGAAAUCUAUGCGAGAGAAGGCUGUGGAGCGAAGAAACAUUAAUAAAGAACACAACAGUAACUUUAAGGCUGGAUAUAUCCCAAUUGAUGAAGACCGUCUCCAUAAAACAGGCUUACGAGGCAGGAAAGGCAACUUGGCUAUUUGUGUGAUUGUUCUCCUUUUUAUUUUGGCUGUUAUCAAUUUGAUUAUCACACUUGUCAUCUGGGCUGUGAUUCGUAUUGGGCCCAAUGGUUGUGACAGCAUGGAGUUUCAUGAGAGCGGCUUGCUGCGAUUUAAACAAGUAUCCGACAUGGGAGUUAUACAUCCAUUAUAUAAAAGUACAGUAGGAGGCAGGCGUAAUGAAGAUUUGGUUAUCACUGGAAAUAACCAGCCUAUUGUAUUUCAGCAAGGAACAACAAAACUUAGUGUUGAAAAGGACAAAACCUCCAUUACCAGUGAUAUUGGUAUGGAAUUUAUUGACCCAAGGACACAAAAUACUUUGUUCAGCACAGACUAUGAGACUCAUGAGUUUCAUUUGCCAAAUGGAGUAAAAAUUUUGAAUGUACAGAAGGCAUCUACGGAGAGGAUUACCAGCAAUGCUACCAGUGACCUAAAUAUAAAGGUUGACGGACGUGCCAUUGUUCGUGGAAAUGAAGGUGUUUUCAUCAUGGGCAAAACUAUUGAGUUUCGCAUGGGUGGUGAUAUGGAACUAAAGGCAGAAAACAGCAUUAUCUUAAAUGGAACUGUGAUGCUCAGCACAUCUCGACUGCCAAGUUCUUAUGGGGAAAAGUUUAAUAAUAUUGACUGGCUGCGCUAUAAGCUCUGUAUGUGUGCAGAUGGAACUCUGUUCCGAGUUGAAGUAAAGACCCGCAACAUGGGUUGUCAAACCUCAGUCAACCCUUGUGGAACCACACACUAAACGCAAAGUACUGGGACAAGAGCAGUCAUGAAAGUUCAUUUACGUUUUUACAUUUGUGUGUAUAAAACAAUUGCAUGCCAAUUCUGUUUUUACAACAGUUUAUUAUAAUACUUAUAGUUGCUGCAAUCUGCAUGGAGUGAGGUGUAGAGUUGUGAGGAUGCACAUUGUUCCACCUUUGGCUCUGCAGAGAUUCCUUGGAAAAAGCAAUACAGUUUGCAGAUCUGUUACUUGUUCCAUAGAGCCUCUUUUUUGUUGUGCAGAUCAUUCUUUAAGAAGUGGACUAUGGGAUAACUGUGGUAAGAGGGACGCUCUGGCAACAUGGCUUCACUGGAGCCAAGCUUUGUGGCAGUAGCAGGAAACCAGCCACAAAGGAAUAAUUGGGAAGGAUCUUUCCAGUUCUUUAGAGAUAAACCCUACUGGAAGGGGCCAAAAGGCAAUCUGACUUCUUUUAUAUAGAUGUGUUAUAUGCUGAUUUUCAGCCCACCCUCAGCCAGACCUUCAUUUUUGCACCAGUAAUUAUUUAGAGUGCAGUAAAGGUCAGUCAUCUAAAUAACUGCUUUGUAGCGACAAUCUGUACCUGACAUCCAAGUAACCAUUUCUCCAUCUCCAAAUAGCCAUACUCACACUUUGGAUGCAAAAACAGAGGCUAGCUUUCAAAACUGUAGCUCUAUAAAUGCAGUGAAAUCUUUAUUCAAAUAGAUUCGGUUUUUAUUUGCAGUUGAUGCAUAUUGGCAGUUGGACUCUAAUAUGAACUCUAGACAAUUUUCUUUUGAUUGUUUUCAGUUAAUUAGAGACAAGCAUAUGCUGACUUAUUUGAUCCUUCAGACAUUAAGAAAAAUCUGUGCCCAACAUUUUAGGCAGAACUGGGACAGUCAAUUAUUGUACUGUAUCUGCUUUGAUAUUUAGAAGCUUGUAUUCUACUUUGAAGAUCCAUUUUUUAUUUUUUUUUGGAGGGUAGCAAAGCAGCAUGUAUUCAAAUACAUGAUCAUGUAGUAGUAAAUAUAAAAUUAAUGCAGAAAGCUGAACAAUAACUAUUCACAUAGAUAGAAACAAAAGUAACAAAUUCUUAAUGGGAAUCAAAGGAUAAUACAUUUUCUGGCUUCAGAGCACAUCUGUAAUUUGACUCAGUAAAGAUGGCAGCUGCUGCCCAACUGUUAAGAUAUGUAUUUUUUUUCUUUAGGAGAAUAAGUUGCUUCUUUGUAAGGAUGUGCCAUACUUUAUUCAACCAGAAGCUUAGAGAAGAAAUUGGGAAUUAAACUUUUAGGAAGCAAUAGAAAGCCAUUAAGUAGCUAUAAAAAAAAUUGUGGAUGGAAUCAAUUCUGAUACUGGGAAUAGCAGUAUCAAUAGCAGGCCAAUGGAUGUAGAUGUAUGGGAAAAUCUUAUAUCAUACUAGCUUGCAUUUUGAUCAUUUCCCCAAACAUGUAUAUGCUAUGCAGUCCUGAAUGAAAGCGCCUACAGCAGAAUCCUAUUUAAUUUUCAAUUGCUUCUGCUAUGCAUUUCAGUGUCUGUUUUUAAAAAAAAAGAAAAAUUCUCUAGAUUCAGAAUUAUCAUGGAAAUAUAUUUCCAUACAUCAACAUUAGUUCAUACUUAUUGUUUCAGCAGAAUCAUUCAUUUUUUUCAUGUUUGAAAUAUUUAGUUGGCAAUUCUGAAAAUUGGAAUUUAUCAGAAGUAUUUCUUGAACUCCCAGCAUUAUAAUAGCUAAGUACCAGCCUAGUUAUGCUACAUUUUUAAAUUAUAUAAGGUAUUUAUAAUAUAUUUUAUUUAUGUUGCUGAAGUGAGGUGUUUCAAAGGUGUAUUGAUAUUAGCAUUCCUCUACUAUAUUAGGGGAACACAGUUUUUUCUCGGGUACCUUAAUAAAAGAUAUUCUAUGGUAUUCUACAGGUGAGGAUUCAAAACACUGUAACAACACUAUUGUAGGCCAUAGUGAUUUAGACCAUUACUUUUCUAAAUAAAAAAAAAAGUGUAGCUAUUUACAAUGACUAGAAAUAUAAAUUUGUUACUAAGUAAACUGGUAUUUAAAUUCUAAAAUGUUCUGUAGUUCUAAACAUGACAGUAAUCUAGGUCCCAAUUCUGCACUGUAUGGAAGCAUCUGCCUAAAUUUAACAUCAAUAAAAUUAAUACAUGCUUAAAAGUUAUGCAAGUUCUUAUGUAUCGUGAUGAAUUGGGGUGUUAAUGAAACCUUUGCACUUGGAGAAUGAUGGCAGCUUUUACUAAAACCCUCUUAACUGUUUUUGGAGAGAGAAUAAUGUAUUCCAAUGUAAAAGAUAAACUUGCUAAUUAUAAGGCUUUUAUACUUGUUACCGUUAGUUAGAAAUAGUGUUGUUUUCUAAUAGCCACUAGUGAUCUUAAUAAUGGAGGCCAUGUAAGUGAUUUCCUGUGCAUGGUUAUUAACAGGCUGUACUAGACAAUACAUUUCUAGUACUAAUAGGCUUACAAAUGUUACACAUUAACUUCCCCACUGAAUGUGGAACUUAUGAAAAGAUAAAUAAAGUCUAAUCUAGUUUUAUUGACUGACAGUGCCCAAAAGGUGUGGUAGGCACGUCACAAAAGAUCAUCACAGUCCUGCACUGGGCCCUGCUGAUGUCAGUGGGACUCUGCACGAAUGCGGGAGUGUACCUACAUGGAGCUGAUUGCAGGAUUGGGGCCUUAGUUUAGACAUGAUGCAACAACUGAGUGUGUCAAACAGGAGGGAGGAGAUGGUGUUAGGAUGAAUGAUGGCAGCAGCAAGAUGAUUUUUACUCCAGGGGUUUAGUUUUAAAAAAACCCAACAUAAUAGUGAAAGUAAUUGUCUCACUCACUUUAGACAUGGAAUAAAUGUUGAUAACAUUUUGCACAUAGACAGCACAUUACAUUCAUGGAGCUUAAAUUGCUUUACAGAAGUGGAUAUUUGUUAUCCUUAUUAAUAUUCUUUAAAAUAUACAUUUCCCUGAAACAUAAAUUCCUUUGCUGUGUUAGGUAUUGGUAUAUAGAACUUGUGUGUUCUCAAUAUGCUCAACAUGGCAAAGAAACAAAAUGAAAAGCUUUUAGUAUCUUCACUCCAUAUUACUAAGGGCAGAUUGAUACUUUGUGGGCUUCAAUUUAUAGAUGUUUCAUUUUGAAAAGUUUUCAGCAGCACUUUCUGUCAAAGGUAUAUAUGAAAUCUGUAUGGGCGCAUUGUGGCCAUUAUAUGGUUAAUAUUGGUAAUUUUGGCUAGUUAUGUGCAUGACCACAUGACUGCAUACAGUACCUGGAUGUUGAGUUCUUCUCACUGAGGUACUAAAUGCAAACUGUAUUUGAAAGAACUUGUCUCAAAACCUGUAAUAGUGUUAAAUUAUGUAUUUGGAUUUGUUUAAAAUGUCCAUUUGUAAUUUAAAAUUAGCAAAAAUAAUCGUUGCCUUCCAUAAACUUUACAGAGAUCGAAAAAAUAUUGAUGCCAUAUACACCCUGUGUUGUGCAUUUAUGUGUGGUUUAACUUCUAACUGCAUCCCUUUAUAUUUUCUGGAUGUUUUUGUUUAAGUCGAAGAUUUCUUAUGUGCUCCUGUAUUUAUUUAACUACUAGAUACAUUUGAGAUUCUAGGAAUAUUGAAGUACAUGCCUCUGUGUAAAAUAGUGUUACAUACUUCCAAAACCUCUUGUUCUCAAAGAAAGUUAUUCUCAGCAUUUGUAUUGAUUGUUGUUUCAAUAUGUAAAACAGAGUGUUGAGUUUUUAAUCCAUAUGUUUUUGAAGUGAAACAAAUAAAUUCUAAAAAUCUA